AUGUACCUAUUGUGGCUGCAGUGCACUGAGAAUGGUAGCGCGACCUGUAAAGCCAGACACACGCGGUGCGAUGAGAAGACCCCCGUAUGUUCUAAUUGCCAGCGUCUCGGUCUGCAAUGCCGCCCGUCCGAGCUUAUUACCCAGUCAACGUGGAGCAGCAUUCUAUCCACCGAGUCAGCUUCUGGAAAUGAAAUCAAAUCAGCGUCCACCCCCAACAAGAUCCUGGCCUUGCCUUGCCCAUCGGCUGCCCGGGAAACGUCCAAAGGGAGUAGCAGCGAGCCGUCUAGCUCCUUGACGACUGGCAAUCGAGGGAGUGCAACAACCCAAUCAUGUCGAUCGCAGUUGCGUCCCUUUCCUUCUGGUAUAUUUGUCGAGUUGAACGAUGAGAUCGCCUUUCUGUUCAACACGUUCCGUGGCGGCCUGACCACAUGGAUGGACGUAUUCGACCAUGACAGAACAUACGAAAGGGAAGUCACCAGACGUGCUCUACACUCGAAUUUCCUGCUCCGCUGCAUCUGCGCCUUCACUGCCCGACAUCUUUCGAUGCUUGUCUCCGGCGAGCUCUGGUUCCCGAUCGCCUCCCGCUACUACGGCGAGGGAAUCUCUGCCAGCUCCAUGGGGAUGGACAAAGCCAACUUUUUCAUUUAUGUACGCCAUGAGAUUACAAUCGCUAUUAGCAACGAGGUGCCCCCCCAAUUCGACCCAGGAAGAUGGAAUAUCACUAAACCAGGGCCAAGCGCUGCCGAAGAUCGUGUCGCAAACUAUUUAAUGUUGUUACUUGGCCAUAUUGUAAAUCUCAUAUACCAAAAUAAUGUGUCGCCAGUUGACCGAGAAAGACUGAAAAUUCAGGUGGAUGAGUGGUACGACAGCACCACUGAAGAAUUCAGAGGCAUAGAGUAUGGUGAUGUAUCCGAGAACGGAAUGCCGAAAAUCUUCUUCCCUGUGCCACUAUCAGGUGAGCUACGGGGCAAUUCCGAUUCCUGCCCUUGA